GCAGGGCUUCUGGCACCCUCGCUAGCACUCGGCAAACCUCGCGUGCAAAGACGAACGAGUGCGUCAACAGACUGUGGUGCAACCUUCACUGAAUGACGCCGGCGCCCAUAAACACUGAAGUAUAGAGGCGCCGAAGCCUUUGUGGCUGUACUCGAAUGCUGGCGUAUCGCGGUGGGCGUCGAUAAGGCCCUCGGGCCGCUUUCGACGACGCCGCUUCUUGAGCUCAGAAUUGCACCAGUGACUGCACGAAAAGAAGUACACAACGACUCUAUAUAGAGCACCGAAGGAACGCGUGCUUCAUAGCCAUGGAUACGGCACCUUCAAAUCGCGAUAGAGGCAAACACAAGAUAACAACGCCGGAAGCCCAAGCCUACGUCCUUGAGCACUGCACCUUGCACCCCGUCCUCGAGAAACUGAUAGCUGAAACUGUGAAGCUGCCUCGUGGACGUAUGUACACCAAGCCAGCGCAGCUGACACUAUACCAAGUCCUGCUGAAGGCCAUAUGUGCCAAGAAGUACCUGGAAGUGGGUGUGUUCACUGGCUGCAGCGCGCUGUCGGCCGCCCUGGCGCUUCCUCCAGACGGUCUCGUACGGGGCCUCGACAUCAACCAAGAGACCGCCAACAUCGGCAGGCCCUUCUGGAAAGAGGCUGGAGUCGAGAAAAAGAUUGACAUUCGCAUUGGCAAAGCUGUCGACACUUUAGACUCCAUGAUUGCGGACGGAGAGACGGAAAGCUACGAUUUCGCCUACAUUGACGCUGACAAAGAAGGAUACGAUGAUUACUAUGAGCGUUGUCUGAAGCUAGUCAAGCAGAACGGGAUCAUCGCCUUCGAUAACGUCCUACGUGGUGGCUCAGUGUUCGACGCUCAAAGCUCCCACUCUGAAGCGUUGGCGAUGCGAUCUCUCAACGCCAAACUGAAGAACGAUAAGCGCGUGCAACUCGCCAUGCUACCCUUCGGUGACGGCGUCAACAUCGUCCUCAAGAAAUAAAAGAGUAGAGCGAAAAAAAAUUCUGAUCGACAACAUCACGGUGUUUGCCACGUAUAACAAACGCCACGUAGGGGCACGUCGUUCGUAACGUCAGUGGUGCUUUCUUUUGUCGAAUAAAACCUCUUUCGAGAUUCGCCUCUUCAA